CGAUCGUCAAAACGAAGACGAACCAGGAGAUGGGUUGCAUCAAUUCCAAGAAGGACAUUAAGGACGUACAUUCGAACAUCUUCCACGUGAUAAACAUUGACAACGAUGGAACGGAGCUGUGGAGCGGUAAGUUAGAAGUAACCCGCGUCGAGCUAACUCUCUACCGAAAAGGCAAGGAACCAACAAAGUGGCCAUUGAAAUGUCUCCGUCGCUAUGGCUACAACGUUGACCAGUUCAGCUUCGAAGCCGGUCGCCGCUGUACUACGGGUGAAGGAAUUUACGCCUUUCGAUGUCGACGUGCCGAAGCCCUGUUCUACACCGUGCAGGCCUACAUUCAAGGGCGCAUCUAUAGCGACGAAAAUACGAACCCGAAUGAUCCGUACCCGAUACCGGUAGCUUCGAAUGGGCCGUCCGUUGCGGCACGGAGCGUUUCACAGAACAAUACUGCUACGCGAAGCAGCAGCAGUGGUGGAGGACAGGGCCAGCUGGGGAUGCAGUGUACGUUUGUAAUGAACCGGACCGGUAUGGCGACUAGCCAGUCGCUCAGUCCGAACGGUACGAUACAUUCAAACUCGAACCAAAGCCGCAGCACGGAUACUCUGCCCAUGGAGGGCAACUAUCUCGAGCCGACACCCAACCGGUCGAAUGCUUCGGGAGCAGCGCAACCACACACCAUUACGACACGCUUCCAGCAAGGACUACGAUUAAGUUCGGUAAGCAGCGGACCAAUCAGUCCCGACAUAACAUCACCCGGUUCUCCAAACAGUAUGACCAACAUACUGGAGGUCACGACCCUAAAUCCGCUACCAACGUCCCAUACGAGUGGAAACGUUCAUCAGGGCGUAAGUAACGUGUAUCAGGAGUUCCCCAUGAAAGACUCGACGAUGGCUUCUCUACACCAUCAGCAUCAUCAGCUGUUGCUACAUCAGCACCACGUGCAUCAUCCAUUGACAGCCCCCAUUGUGGCACCGCUUGUCGGGGGUUUGGUUCGCACAUCGAUGGAUGUACCGCCGCAGGAACCGGCUCCGGGUGCAUCGGUAUUACUACACUCCUCGAUCGCUGCGGAUAACACGACGACAUCAGCGGGUCCAGUCGAUGCACUUCUCUGCGGUGGUGGUGGAGAGUACGAUCAGCAACAGACGCCUUCCACACCGGACGCCAUCGAUCCGGCACGCUUGUAUAUGAAUGUAAAUAUCACCGGUUCGGAUAUCGGUACCGGUGUUGGUAAAGCGAAGAAACCGGCCACUUUCAGUAGCAAAAGUAAUUCUAGUCUUAUUUCGAUUUCAAACAACAACAACAACAAUGGCCAUAAUACCACCGGUUCUUUCGAUGAGUGUCAGUACCAAAAUGUACGCACUCCAACGUCAAUGACCGCGAUCGCAGGUGUCGGUUGUGGUGGUGUGGCGAUGCCUCUGCUACCACAAAGCAACAUCGUGCCGGGCAACAUGUUUGCUCAGUUCCAGCGUCUCAACAGUACCGGAGGUGGGCCGGGUAAUCAGUUUUCGAUGGAUCCAAAUCGAUUCUAUGAAAAUCUUGAACUGGCCGAAUUGAAAGCAGUUUCCAUGCGUGGUGGAGGGCGCUGUUCAAAGCCGGAUAUUUUUAGCAAUGUUGACCUACCGCUAGAUCACUCGGAACCAUGCACACCAACAGCAACUGCAGCGACCCAGCGCAAGGUAAACUACAUCGUGCUUGAUCUCGAUCAGUCCAACUCAUCGCAUAGCAUCAGUGGAGCGGCUGGCGUUGGGACAAAUGGAACAGGAAUACUCUCACCAACUGGAACAGGGUUGAAUAAUGGAAACCCGAUUGCAGGCAGCGUACCGAACGGUACCAAUGCUUUUAAUAAUAACAAUAACAACAACAACAGUACUACGAUUAACCUUAACAGUGCGAUCCCUGGUGGAUUGUGCAACUCGGCCAGCAGUGCUACACUAGGCACGAUCGGUAUAGUACCGGGCACAGAUAGGUCUGGCAUUGGUGCAAACUGCACCACCGGUCUCUGUGGCGGCGGACCGACAAACCCUAGCGCCGGUGGUAAUGUUACACCCACUAGCGUGAGCCUACUACCACCGGAAAGUCCGAAAAAAGCAUCGCUGGGAUAUGCAACCAUCGAUUUCAAUAAAACGGUAGCGCUAAGCAACUCCACCACACCUUCGUCCGAGCUGGACAGUGAGGGAUCGCGCAAGACACGGCACAAUUCUACGGUGACUCCACUAGCAAGGCAGAGUAAUUCUGUAAGCGAUUAA